AGAGAAAUUUAGAGCUUGUUGGCAUGUAGCUGGAGUGAACAGAACUGGUGACAUUUAAGGAAAGGGCCAUAACAGAAGAGAGGAAGAAAAUCUCAGUCAGCAGUGGCAUUUGGGAGGUAUAGGUACAGAAAAAGAACCAUUGUUGUAAACCAGGAAGAAAAAGGUACCAUUAAAAGGGGGAGAGAACGAUGCAGCAAAUACGAGAAAGGAAGGCUGAGUCCUGAAGUUCCCAGUUGAGUCAGAAUGGAUGAGCAAUCACAAGGCAUGCAGGGGCCGCCUGUUCCUCAGUUCCAGCCACAGAAGGCAUUACGACCCGAUAUGGGCUAUAAUACUUUGGCCAACUUCCGAAUAGAAAAGAAAAUUGGUCGUGGACAAUUUAGUGAAGUUUAUAGAGCAUCCUGUCUCCUGGAUGGAGUUCCAGUAGCUUUAAAAAAAGUGCAGAUAUUUGAUUUAAUGGAUGCCAAAGCACGUGCUGAUUGUAUCAAAGAAAUAGAUCUCCUUAAGCAACUCAACCAUCCAAAUGUAAUUAAAUAUUAUGCAUCAUUCAUUGAAGAUAAUGAGCUGAACAUAGUUUUGGAGUUAGCAGAUGCUGGUGACCUCUCCAGAAUGAUAAAGCACUUUAAGAAACAAAAGAGACUAAUUCCUGAGAGAACCGUUUGGAAAUACUUUGUUCAACUCUGCAGUGCACUGGACCACAUGCAUUCUCGAAGAGUCAUGCAUAGAGAUAUAAAACCAGCUAAUGUGUUCAUUACAGCCACUGGGGUAGUCAAACUUGGAGAUCUUGGACUUGGUCGGUUUUUCAGCUCCAAAACCACAGCUGCACAUUCUUUAGUGGGUACACCUUACUACAUGUCUCCAGAGAGAAUACACGAAAAUGGAUACAACUUCAAGUCUGACAUCUGGUCUCUUGGCUGUCUUCUAUAUGAGAUGGCUGCAUUGCAGAGUCCUUUCUACGGCGACAAGAUGAACUUGUACUCUCUCUGUAAGAAGAUAGAACAGUGUGACUACCCGCCUCUCCCUUCGGAUCACUAUUCAGAGGAGGUAAGGCAGUUAGUUAAUAUAUGCAUCAACCCAGAUCCAGAGAAGCGACCAGACAUCGCCUAUGUUUAUGAUGUGGCAAAGAGGAUGCAUGCGUGUACUGCAAGCAGCUAAACUGUACAAGAUCCUGAAGACAGCAACCAAAAUAACUUAAAAGUGUUUUUGUGCAAAUCAUACCUCCCCGCUUUUGUCUGGGUGUUAAGAUUACUAUUUCAGAGCUAAUGCGCUUUGAAUCCUUAACCAGUUUUCAUAUGAGCUUCAUUUUUCUACCAGGUUCAAUCACCUUCCCAAGCCACGAUUUUUGGGAUGCUCAGAUUGCAAUAUGAAUGCAAGCACAACAAGAGUUUUUAAUGGCGUAAGGGUUGAGAAUUGUUUAUAGAGUUUCUGCUGAUUGUGUUUAUAGAUACUCAGUGGCAGAUGGUGAAGAGCACACAGGCACACGUCUGGAGGGGUGCGGAACCUGAGGGAGGACCUGAGCAUUUGACCUGUUUGCUUUUAAGUCACUUAAUGGACAUUGUAGUGGACAUAAUUGUGAACUUCUCUGAUUUUUUUUUAAGGUUGAAGUACAUGUUUUAGUUAUUAGCAUUAUAGUUUUCAAAUAUAAUUCUUAUAAUAAAAUGCAGACAUAAGCUCUUUGAGAAAGAUUUAAAAUUUUUAGUUUAUACAUUCAAAAUGCAACUAUUAAAUGUGAAAAUAUAGAGGGCAAAAUGUGAGCUGGACACUGAAAGUCUUGUGUGUUGAUGCCUUUGAAAGCCUUUUUGUGUUUAAAUGGUAUAAAUGAACCCAUUUUAAAAAGUGGUUAAGGACUUGUUUGCCUGGCGUGAUAGUCAUUUUUAACAUGCACAUUGCUCAAGGCUUUGUGUUUUUAUUGUACAUUUGAAGAAUAUUCUUAGAAUAAUCUUGCAGUAACUAUAGUUCAAUUUCUUUACAAAUCUAAACACUUAAGUCAUAACUAUACACUGUAAUGUAAGCGUAAAUUUCUAUUCAUAUAUUGAAGUUUUGAUCAGUUCCCCUUCAGAACUUUUUUUUAUUCAAGUUACUUUCUUAUUUAUAUUGUGUGUGCAUUUUAUCCAUUAAAUGUUUCAGAUUUUUCUGAGAAUGAAUUCCCUUUUUAAAAGAUAUUUGGUAUGCCGGCACUUUUCUUAGAUUGAAACCUUUUUUUUUUUUUAAAAAAAAAAAAAAAAAACCUUUGGGCCAUUCUAUGUGCAUCUGUUUUAUCUUGUUAGAAAGAAGGUGUGCGGGCCUGUGAAUGUCGAUAUCGUUUGAGAGGGUUAUAAUUUUAGAGUAUGUUUUAGAGUCUGUUUAACGACGUGAAGACUGGCCCUUACUGAAGACAGGACUGUUAAAGAGAGCAAAGUACUGUAGUUAUGCAUGAAGAUGACGGACAUGGAGACACUCAUUUUAGUUAAAAAUUUAAAAAGGAGAGCUAUUUAGGAAACCCUGAGGCGGAAGUUUCUUUUUCCUUCAUCUUAAUACCAACCAGUUUCUUCAAAGAAUUGUGGAGCUGAAGAACAGAGUGGUAGUGGCUGUUGCAGAACACUGUGUGCCAUGAUAGAACGUUGGGAAGGCUUAACUUGCCGGGCGGGCGGGCAGCCCUGUGUUUGGAAAGCUUGUACUCUGACCGACAGAGCUCCUGGGUUUGUUUUCUCAGAGUAUUCUUUUAAUAGUUAUUUUUAAGUAAUUUGUAAAUUUUCAAAAUAAUGUCUCAUCUUUUAAUUUGCUAUGUAUGCUGUCUUAGACAAAAGAAAUCUGGUUUGUUUUUUGUCUUGAAGGCUGAACUGGGUCCAUCCCAGAUCUUAGUGGCUCAUAGCAUUUACACAGAGGUGUGAAGAAAGCUGCUUCUGGUGACCAUUUGUGUUGUGUUCUAUCCAUGGUAAUGUCAUAGGACUGACUGAGAUGUGAUAUCCCCUGCCUGUAAGAGUUGUUUUCUUUCCAUCUUUAGAAACACAAGGUUCUGCCUGACAGUGGUAGUAUACACCUUUAGUCUCAGCACUCAGAGGGCAGAGGCAGGUGGAUCUCUAUGAGUUCCAGGACAGCUUGUUCUACAGAGUGAAUUCCAGGUCAGCCAGGGCUACACAAAGAAACUCUGUCUCAAAAAACCAAAACUAAAUUGAUGAGAAUACAAGGCUUAUCCCCUUAUAGUGACAUUACAAGGGGAUCUGGAAUUUGUCUCCUAAAAAAAAAAAAAAAAUGAGCUGGAUGGUCAGGGAUAGUUGCUGUCAUUUUGUAUAGAAGGAAACUCUUUCAACUACUUUAAGUCCAAGUGUUCAUAUCCACCACCACCACCCCCAAAAGAAUCCAUUGUGUAAAAGCAAAAAUCAGUGUGAUAUUUGCAAAUGAUUAUAGAAUUGAUUAGAAGUUCUAAUCUUAACAAUCACCUAGAAAAUAUUCUCUUUUUAUUUCUGUUUAUGAGUAAAUGUUAUAUGAAGUUAAAUAUUAGAAUUGAUUUGAGUAACAAGUCAAAUUAAAGGUACGGCUGAUUCAAAACCUCAUUUAAACAUUGGUACCAGUUACCCAGGGGAGAACGUGCAGUAACGUUGGUUGGUAUGCUGAGGUGUAGGGUGGUGAAUGAAGGGUACUCUACCUGCAGUGCUCAAGAAUGUCCAGUGAUUGUAAAGCUAGCGAGAUGCCACCGCCAAGUCCAGAGCGCUCUGUCGUUUCUAAGUGUGUCCAUUAUAAAAGGCCUGUCUUGUAUCUAUAUACUCCAGGUGUUGCUCGUAACUUUCCCUCUAUUUAUUAGAACCAAGAAGCUGUUAUUCACACAAAUGUUUAUUCUUUUAAAUUGAAUGUACUGUUCAUAACCCACAAAUGCGUACUCUUUGCCUCCAAUUCCUGUAGUACUGUAAUAUGAAUUUCUUUUGUGAAAUACUCUUUAUUUUGUAAUGCUUUAAAUAUAUAUGCAAAAGGAUUGUUAUUAGCUUCAAAAACUGUACAGUAUCUUAAUAUAAAUAUAUAAAAAUAAAAGAUGAGUACUGUAAGUUUGA